AAGAGAUGGACCGUCCUGAGGAGGAGCGACCAUUGUGAACCGAGCAGCAGCUGUGUUGACAAAUACCAAUACUCGCCCAGCCCAUUUUGUCCUACUUCCUUCCCUCCUCUCCAUCGCCACCAGGGAAAAUGUCGUCGGAUAUCAAUCUGCUCCUAGAGAAGGCCACAAGCCCGCUGCUGUUGGACAUUGACUGGGACACCACCUUGCACAUUGUGGACCUCAUACGUCAGGGAGACGUCAAUCCCAAGGCAGCUGUGCAGUCCUUGGUGAGCCGCCUCAAGGACAGCAACCCUAAUGUGGUGCUGUUAGCACUGCAGGUGUUUGAAUCAGUGGUGAAGAACUGUGGCCAGUCAGUCCAUGAGCAGGUGGCAUGCCGGGCUGUCAUGGAGCAGAUACAUGAUGUCCUGCGCACCAAUCCCAAUGAUGACGUGCGUAAGAAGAUUCUGCUGCUGCUGUCCACCUGGGUGUAUGCCUUCCGCAAUGAACCCAAGUACAGAGCUGUCCAGGUGAGAGGAAGAAAUACUUGGAGAAAUGGACAUAAUGAUAAUAAUAAUAGUGGUAAUGAUAGUUUAUUCCACCAGCUGUAGUUGUUGUUACAUGUG